GAGUGCGUUGGGGUUGGGGUUGGGGUUGGGGGUGGUCUCUCAUUCCUUCUCUCUCGACGCGAAAACCUGUGCUCCGCUCUCUCAUUCCCUAGCCCUAGCCAGCCGUAGCAGCCUUCACUCUCUCUGCCUUCGAUGUCUGACCCUGAUUCUCCUUCCAACGCUGAUCCAUUCCUCGAAGAAGAGGAAGAAGAAGAAGAAGAGUAUGAAGAGGUUGAAGAAGAAGAAGAAAUUGAAGUAGAAGAGGAUCAUCAACAGGAGGGCCAAGAACAAGAAGCAAAUGCUGAUGAUGACGAAGCAGAAGAACAAGAAGAGAUAGAAGAAGAGGUUGAAGUUGAAGAAGAGGAAGUGGAAGAAAUCGAGGAGGAGGUGGAGGAGGAGGAAGAGGAGGAGGUAGAGGAGGAGGAAGUGGAAGUGGAAGUGGAAGAGGAACAGGAAGAGGAGGAGGAAUUGGAAGAGGAAGAGGAAUUGGAAGAAGAGGUGGAAGAGGAAGAGGAAGAGGAGGAGGAAGAAGUGGAAGUGGAAGGGGAAGAGGAAGAGGAAGAGGAGGAGGAAGUGGAAGAGGAACAGGAAGAGGAGGAGGAAUUGGAAGAAGAGGUGGAAGAGGAAGAGGAAGUGGAAGUGGAAGAGGAAGAGGAAGAGGAAGAGGAAGAAGAAGCAGCAGAGGUGGAACAGGAGGGCAAAGGGGCAGUGCCCAAUUCUCUACUCGAUGCCGACAUUGACGACAAAGGGGCUGUGCCAGAUUCUCUACCUGAAGCAGUAGUUGAGGUGAAACAGGAGGACAAUGGGGCAGUGCCAGAUUCUCUACCUGAAGCAAUUGAGGUGAAACAGGAGAUCAAUGGGGCAGUGCCAGAUUCUCUACCUGAAGCAGUUGAGGUGAAACAGGAGGACGAUGGGGCAGUGCCAGAUUCUCUACCUGAUGCCAACAAUGAUGGCAAAGGUUCGAGUCAACUUAUGGGGAAAGAUAAGAGCUUGGGGCCAGUUUCUUCUGCCGCUGAAAACCUUGAAGUAAUGGCACCAUCUACUAACCAUCACAUGGAAGAGAAUAAUGCCAUGCUUAAAGCAGUUGUUCCUUCAUGUGAGACACCAACGCUGAAAAAGGAGGGGUUUCACCCAAAUCUUGCAAUUUCUAGUCAUUCAAAAUCAAGAGAAAACCUGAUUUCUGCUGACCGUGGCAACAGUCAUGGAUUAGACAUCGAUGUUAAAAAUGCUGGAUCACUUAUACAGGGGCUCAGAGUGUGCAGUGAACCAGGUAGUAAUAGUAAAGCUUACUUAUAUGGUGUUGAGGACAUAGAUUCUAUGACUAUCAAGUCAUCUUGUGAUGCUGAAAAAGAUGAUGUUAUUGGUCUUCCACCAAGCCAUUACUCUGUUGAGGAUGCUGAUGGUGAUCAGAAUUCUAUGAACAGAGUUUUGCAGUCAGAGAUGAAGUCAAGGAUUGAUGUGAAACAAAUGACAUCAAGGAGGACUAUAAGUCUGUCUCCCAGUGCUGAGAUUAAAGAUGGAAACAAACGUAGAUGUGAUUUUUUUGCUAAAGGAUGGUGCAUCAGGGGUAGUUCUUGUACCUUUCUUCAUAUAAAGGAUGUUGUGAAUAAUACUGAUCGGGAGGCUGAGGUAGACAUUGUUGAUGCACAUCUGAAGCGAGGCUUAAAAUUGGAAGAAGGUGUUAAGGACAAUGUUCGCACAUCAAAGAUGAAUGAGGAAAAAGCAAGUCCAAGUUGGCAUCGAUCUCAUGAAAAUCAGAAGUUUCUGCCAAGAGACAACUUGUUUCCGGAGAGUAGAUUUGCCUUUAAUGCAUCAAACAAUUAUUUGAGCCCAAACCUUUCCUCAUAUUCAUCCCGUGCAGAGCCUUUUGUCGGUUCAUCUAGGGUUUCAUCACAUUCCUCUGGAUAUAAAUCUAAAAUCAGUUCUUAUGAUUGGGAGCCUUCCGUACCAUUUCAACCAUCCUUUUUUAUUACUUCUAUGAAUGCAUCCAUCCCUAGAGACCUUUAUGGCCCUGUCCGUGACAGAAUUGAGAUACCAAAUAUAGGAGAUGGGUCUUUGAAAGCUACCAUUUUAACUGAAAAACCAGCUUCAUCACAGGUACGAACAUACGCUGCUGUAGUUGGGAAACAUAUGUCUGAUCUUAAUGAGGACAAAAGCUCUGUGUCUUCUCAUAAUAGAUUUUAUGAAAAUGAGCCCAACAAAAGUUGUGUUCCUCGUGAAAAAGAUUUUCUUGCAACUGAAACAGAGAUAACAUCAGGAACCUAUGAGAACUACCAAAAUGGUAAAAUAGGCAUGGGACAACAUACCUUUGGUGUCAAAGAUGUUAUGGAACCAGAGAAAGAAUGGGCUGAGCAUGAUACUAGACAUCAUGGUGAAGGAUCAAGUCACAAAAAGAGAAGAGUAGAAAUGGAUAAGAAAAUUCAUGAAAUGGAUGUUGACUUUCAAGCGAAUGGAAGUAUGCAGAAAGAAACAAGGGAAGUGAGAUAUUUUCGUGCGGCUCUUGUUGAUCUUGUGAAAGAGUUGUUAAAACCAUCUUGGCAUGAGGGCCGUCUCAGCAAGGACUCGCAUAAUCUGAUAGUUAAAAAAUCAGUUGACAAGGUCAUUAGUACCUUGGAGCCUCACCAGAUUCCGACCUCCGUAGAUACUGCUAAGAACUAUGUGACUUCAUGUCGGGGGAAAAUUGCAAAGCUGGUCAUGGGAUAUGUCACUAAAUAUGGCAAAUCAUGAUAUGCGAGCCAAAGCACCUUUUUUUGUGCAGUUUCUGAUCAGUUUGGCUGAUCCUAUCUCAUGAAAAGAUCGUCUGAGGCUAUCCAUUUCAUAGUCAAGGUUGAUUUGGAAUGUUUUGAAUGUUAUUUCAAGAUGCCUGCUUCAUGUUUUAUCUGUGCUCUCUCUAGAUUGUUCAAUUAUGAAGUAAGCUGGCAUGAAUUGCAUGGUUAUUAGGAUGUUAUUUUAUUAAUUUGGAUAGCUGCACAUUAUUGUUAAACAGCAUGUGUAAUUUUCUAGCGCCUGAAAAUAUUUGGGAGCAACUUGAAAACACCGGUGGGGCUCAUUUUGGCUCCGGAAAUUUGAAA